UUAAUCAUGGAUAUAUUAAGGACAAGCAGAGCUGCUGAGAUGAGGCUCGUCACGCUUGAAGACUUUGAGUUGAGUGAUCUGACUGAGAAGAGCUGGAAAGAUGCGCGUUUCGUCAUACAUCGCCGCGGCUCUGCUGCAAGCUUCGGUGGCGCGGUCUUCGCCUGUGGAAGCUGAGGCUCUUGUAUCUCGAGGUGGACCGUCGAAGAGGCCGUACCAUCCCAUUACCCCCAAGCAUCCCGGCAAAUCGUUCCCUUCCUCGCCCGCUCGCACGAAGACUUGCACAGUCAAGAGUCACGGCGACGGCAAGGAUGACUCCGACUACAUCUUGAGCGCUAUCAAGCAGUGCAACAAUGGCGGUCACGUGGUCUUUUCUAAGGAGAAAAGCUACACUAUCGGCACCGCUUUGGAUCUCACGUUCCUCAAGCAGAUUGAUCUGGACAUCCAAGGCACCAUAACCUUCACCAACGACACCGACUACUGGCAGGCCAACUCCUUCAAGCACAUCUACCAGAACGCCACCACCUUCUUCCAGCUCGGAGGCGAAGACGUGAACGUCUACGGCGGCGGCACGCUGGACGGAAACGGCCAAGUGUGGUACGAUCUCUACGCCAAGGAUAUCUAUACCCUGCGCCCAAUCCUCUUCGGCACCAUUGGCUUGAAGGGCGGCAGUAUUUCGGACUUGAACCUGAGGUAUUCGCCGCAGUGGUACAACUUCGUCGCGAACUCAAGCGAUGUGGUAUUCUCGGGCCUGACGAUUAGUGGCGGAAGCACGAGUAGUAAUGUGGCGAAGAAUACGGAUGGAUGGGAUACGUACCGCUCAUCCAACAUCGUCAUCCAAAACUCACACAUCGACAACGGUGACGAUUGCGUCUCCUUCAAGCCAAACAGCACAGACAUCGUUGUCCAGAACCUAAUCUGCAACGGCAGCCACGGUAUCAGCGUUGGCAGCUUAGGCCAGUACGUCGGCGAAGUAGACAUCGUGAAGAACGUCUACGUCUACAACAUAAGCAUGUCCAACGCCUCAGACGGCGCACGCAUCAAAGUCUGGCCGGGCAGCGCCUCGGCCCUCUCCGGCGACCUCCAAGGCGGCGGCGGCUCCGGCGCCGUCACCAACAUAACCUACGACGGCAUGGCAAUCAGCAACGUCGACUACGCCAUCGAGAUCACGCAGUGCUACGGCCAGAAGAACAUCACGCUGUGCAACCAGUACCCGAGCAACCUCACCAUUUCCGACAUCACGAUAAGGAACUUCGAAGGCACGACCAGCGACAAGUACGACCCGCUGGUGGGCUAUCUGGUGUGCUCCAGCCCGCAGGUGUGCAGCGAUAUUCAUAUUAAGAAUGUUAAUGUGGUGAGCCCAAGCGGGACGAACUUGUAUGAGUGUGGCAGUAUUCCUGGGAUCGAGAGCCAGGUUAAUUGUACGAAUAUGACGGCGAGCUCGAAUUGAGCUGCCUUCUCGCGUGGAGAUGGUAGUUUAAAUGGACAGUUGUGGAAUUGGAAAGAGUCGCUGAUAC